GUCCCAGUUCGCGCUGAAGUUCCUGGACCCCUCGUUCGUCCCCAUCACCAACUCCCUGAGCCAGGAGCUGCAGGACAAGCCCUCCAAGUGGGCCUUCAACCGGAGCGCCUUCGCGCACCAGAGGCAAGAAAUCCUUCAGCACGUUGAUGUCAUCAAAAACUUCUCCUUGACCAAGAGCAGCGUUCGGAUCGGACAGCUGAUGCACUACGACUAUUCCAGCCAUAAGUACGUUUUCUCCAUCAGCAAUAACUUCAGGUCGCUGCUCCCUGACGUGUCUCCCAUCCUGAACAAGCACUACAACAUCUGUGCCGUGGUGGGCAACAGUGGCAUCCUGACCGGGAGCCAGUGCGGCCAAGAAAUAGACAAAUCCGACUUUGUCUUUCGGUGCAACUUUGCUCCGACCGAGGCUUUCCAGAAAGAUGUUGGGAGGAAAACCAACCUCACCACCUUCAACCCCAGCAUCCUGGAGAAGUAUUACAACAACCUUUUGACCAUUCAGGAUCGCAACAACUUCUUCUUAAGCUUGAAGAAGCUGGACGGGGCCAUUCUUUGGAUCCCCGCUUUCUUCUUCCACACGUCGGCGACAGUCACCAGGACACUGGUUGACUUCUUCGUUGAGCACAGAGGGCAGCUGAAGGUGCAGUUGGCUUGGCCAGGGAACAUCAUGCAGCAUGUUAACAGGUACUGGAGGAACAAGCACCUGUCACCCAAGCGGCUGAGCACAGGUAUUCUCAUGUACACCCUCGCGUCGGCCGUGUGCGAGGAGAUCCACCUGUACGGGUUCUGGCCCUUCGGCUUCGACCCCAACACGCGCGAGGACCUCCCGUACCACUACUACGACAAGAAGGGAACCAAGUUCACGACCAAGUGGCAGGAGUCCCACCAGCUGCCUGCAGAGUUCCAGCUGCUCUACAGGAUGCACGGGGAAGGACUGGCCAAGCUCACCUUGUCGCAUUGUGCCUAAGAACCUAAAUCUCGAAGUGCCAAAUGAUUGUCUAAAAAGUGCCCAAA